AUGCAGUCAUUCUGUGGCAGGCUGAUAUCGCGCCGGGCUUUAACAGAAACAAUCCGAAAUCAGAGUCGCCUGCAGUCUACACUUCCAAGGACACCUUUUGUUGCUCGAUCCCGUCACCUCCCGCGAACUGUCUUUGCUCCCUGCCGAAGAUACGAGUCAUCUCUGACCCUGCCGGAAGGCGCGCCUCAAAAGCCGGUAUCGAAUGACGUCCCAUCCUACCAACUCAGUUUCACCUGCAAACCCUGCCUAUAUCGAUCGACUCACCGAGUAACAAAACAUGGUUAUCACCACGGGACUGUUCUGAUCACAUGCCCUUCCUGCAAAGCUCGCCACGUCAUUGCGGACCACCUCAAAGUAUUUCUGGAUUCACGACAAACACUGGAGGACAUUUUGAGGGAAAAGGCGGAGAAGGGCGAGGAUUUCACCAAGUUGUUGAAAAAGGGCCAACUGGGGAUCCGACCCGGCUCACUGAUCGGAAAUGAAGGAGAAGAAGACAUCGAAUUUUGGGAAGAUGGUACAGAGACCGUCCAUACGCCGCUUGAAGGCGCCAAA